GUUUGUGUGUAGGUGUACUGUGACAUGGACUCAGACGAAGGACGUUGGAUGGUGUUCCAGAGGAGGAUGGACGGCUCGGUGAACUUCUACAGGCCCUGGGAUCACUACAAGGAGGGCUUUGGUAUCGCUGCUGGAGAGUACUGGCUCGGUCUUGAGAGUCUCUUCCAUCUGACUCUGAGGAAAAAGUACGAGGUGCUGGUCGACAUGGAGGACUUCAGUGGAAACAAAGCGUUUGCUCGUUACUCCUCGUUCUCCAUCGAUCCAGAGUCCUAUGGAUACAGACUGCAUGUGUCUGGAUUCACUGAUGGAGGAGCAGGAGACGCCCUGAGUGAUCACAACGGACAGAAGUUCUCCACCUUCGACAAAGACCAGGACUCCUGGACAGGAGGGAACUGUGCCAGAAAAUACCUGGGGGCGUUCUGGUACAACAGCUGUCACUAUGCAAACCCCAACGGGGUUUAUCGCUGGGGGGCUGAUGACACUAUCUCUGCUGUAGGAGUGGAGUGGUACCACUGGAAGGGCUGGCACUACUCCCUGAAGACCAUCAGCAUGAAGAUUCGUCCUGUGCAGUAAUUCUCCAGAACGAACAAACAGCAGAAUAUCUGUUGAUCUCUUUCUUUCUCUCUGAUCUAGUCUGUAAUUUCAUAUAUACUUCAAAUAAAUAUUUCCAGCAUCA